UCCCAAGUCUAGCGAGUCUGUUGUUGCCGUUGUCACUUUCUCCUGUCACUUGCGCCAAUAUUUUCAGUAAUAUUGGGCUCAACGCCUCCCCCACGCCCAAAGCGACUCUCGCCCUCACUCACAGACGGCAGACUCAUCGUCAUCCCUCUCUUCUGAGCACCAUGGCAACGCCUGCGCCUCCGGCCGCGACGAGCUCGUCAAUGGCGUCCACGUUCAGAGCCUACUCGAUGCCUCUGAUUCUCUUUGCCGCUGCCAUGUUCUUCCAGCUCUUCGUCAUUCCCAAAUCCUUUCCUCCUUCUAAUUACGACAUUCUUGGUAUAAAGAUGUAUAGCUCAAUUGAAGAAGUGAGAGAGGCCUACAACAAUAUUUCUUCCGCCUGGAACUCAGGCGAGCGAGCUCCUGUUACUCUUGAUUUUAUCAAGAUUCAAUAUGCUUAUGAGUUGCUGACGAAUCCGUUGUGGAAGAGAAACUAUGACAUAUUUGGCAUUGAUGAGCAAAUAGAUGUAAUUGAGAAGGUCAAAGAGCAAUAUGCAGGAGAAAGCUUUUCAAAGAUAGAACUUCCUUUACUUGACUCUGUUUCUUCAGAUAUUCAAGAUCAUGAUCUUACAGUCAUUACCUCCAAGGAUUUCCAGACCAUGUUUCAGGGUAACAUGCCAGCGCUAAUUCAGUUGUGCUCGUUUGGGAGCAAAAGCUGUGAUAAAUUUUCUGAUGCGUGGAAAAAAAUUGCUGCUCUGUUGGGUGGUGUGGCAAAUACUGGUCUUUUGGAACUUGGGGAGCUUCAGCUAGCAACACAUCUUGCUGAGAGAAAACCAACUGGACAACCUUUCUUCAGGAAUGGCCUUCCUUCUCUUGUUGCUUUUCCCCCGGGGUGUAAAACUUCCAAUUGCCUUGUUAGGUACGAAGGAGAGCUCUGGGUUGAUUCAGUUACAGAUUGGUUUGCAACAACCAUACUUGGUUUACCUCGUAUUCUUUACUACUCAAAGGAGUCACUGGGGCAGAAGUUUCUAGCAAAAGUUAGUCUUCAUAAGGUAAAAGUAAUUUUCUUCUCCAAAACAGGGGAGCGUGCUGCUCCUUUCAUACGCCAAGCUGCUAAAAAUUAUUGGACCCAUGCUUCUUUUGCAUUUGUGCUGUGGCGAGAAGAGGAAUCUACUUUUUGGUUUAAUUCGUUUGAGGUGGAAUCUGCACCUGCUAUAGUGUUUCUGAAAGAUCCUGGUGUCAAACCUGUUGUGUACCAUGGAUCUGUUAACAAUUCAUGGUUCUUAAAGAUCAUGGAACAGAAUAAACAGCAAGAGCUUCCACAGUUGAGGAGUACGACAUCCAUGGAAUUGGGUUGUGAUCCCCGAGGCUAUUCCCGUGCUGGACACCAUACCGUUACUUGGUACUGUGCUGUUAUAGCAGGAAGGCAUAGCCCAGAACUCAGUACCAUGCGUGGAACCAUGCGUAGGGUUGAAGAAAUCUUAUCGAAUGAAGUUGAGUCAAGAUCAGCUGAUGAAGAGCAAUCUAUAGCACCAGCAGCAGGUGCACUUAAAAGCAAACGACUGACAUUUGCUUGGCUUGAUGGAGAAGCCCAAAAGAAAUAUUGUCUCUUCUUCCUCCAAUCUGAAACCAGCCAUGAAACUUGUGGAGAAAGGACAGAUAUGACUGAUGUACCUCAGUUAUAUAUCGUACGCUACAAAAGGAAUGUGACAGAAGAGGGUGACAAACCCGAGCAAAAGCCGAAAAGCAUAUGGGAUGCAGUACAAGAUCAGGAAUUAGAUCCAGCAUCACAGCUUGUGGCAAAGUACAAUGGUUCAGAUGAAAUUCCGGAGAUUAUGAAAUGGAUCUCGCAAAUAAUCAAGGAUGGAGACUCCAGAGAUCUUCCUCAUUAUAGAACAAGAACUCCUCAUCUGGUUCCUGAGAGUUCAGAGCCAAUAUGGUCCGCGGGUGUCCAAAGCAUUCCUUCAACAAAUACAAUCAAGCAGAGUAUCCGUGGCAUUUUACGUGGAUUCUAUGAUCGCAUCAGAGGAGAUCCAAGGAUUGGUCCGAUUUUGCUUCUGGCGGCAUUGAUGUCUUUUGGUACCAUCUGGCUUCGGAGGAGCCAAGCAACUCCAGUGUCGAAUCAACCAAGUCAACCAAGUCAACCAAAUUCCAAGGAAGCAGGUAGACCAAGGAGAGACCGGCCUCGAAGAGCGACUAAUGAACACCUUCCUCCUUCCAUCACUGAUAUGGAACCCAAAGAUUCUUAUCAAUGGUCACUAUCAGGUUCUGAUUCUGAUUAGUGGGUGCUCACUGCUGGGUUUUUGUUUUUGGAGGUUUCAAGUAAAAAAAAUACCAAAUCCUUGGCUCAUGUUUCAAAGACCAGUUGCAAACGCAUUGGUUGAAGGCAUGAACAGUUCCCCAGAUAUAUCCUCAAACUGAAGAUGAAAACUUUGGUCAAAUUUCUCAACUCAUUUUGAGAAAAUAGUUAGUUUGUGUUACACCUAUUUACUUUUUAUAUUUUAAGAAAAAGGUUCUUAACCUUGGCCACGCUUUAUAAAGCAAAAUCCAAAUUUCUGUUUAUAAUUCAAAACAUAGCAUGCGAUUUUAUGCUC